AUGGUGUCACAUCUACGCCGCCCUCAUCCUUGCUCUCUGCACUGUUGUAUGCCGAAAAUUCCCGAUACCGUCCGGGACUCGGACGCGGGCUCCGGCCUGCUAGCAAUGAGCGCGUUGAUCUGGGUUGUGAGGCGGUUCCAGCACCUGACCGGCGACCUCCGUCGCAUUGCCACCAGCAUGGACAAGCCCACCGUCUCGGGGUUGAAGGCGCUGCGGAACGAGAUGGUAGCCCUCAUCAAGAAGCAAGUCCCGCUCAUACGGUCGGGGAAAACCGUUGUUGCUGCCGACGCCUGUGACGACGACGGCGAGGAAGUCCAUUCUGCAUCCGUACCAGUAGGGGUCGCCCCGAACGUCGCUGAUGCGCGUGGCAAGUCGGGAGUCGGCGUCGACGAGGCCGAUGCGGCCGCAGGAAAGGGGGUGACCGGGACUGAGGUUGUUCACGGGGAUGAUGAUGGGGUCCAGGAUCGCGAGGAGGAACGUGAGGGUGAGGGGGGCUCGGAGGAGUCGUCGGGGUCGAGGUCGGGGUCGGUAUCGGGGUCGGGCUCGGAGUCGGAGGAGGAGCAGGAGCAGGAGACGCAGGAGCACGAGAGGCAGCACCAGGAGGAGCAGUUGGUAGAGGUGGAGGACGUGGAAAUGGCGGAGGGGUACGUUGUCGGAGGAGCGGAGGGGUACGUUGUCGGAGGAGCGGAGGAAACGGGUGGGAGAUCGGCGGAUGUCGAGAACGACGAAGGGGAGGGGAAGGGUGCGACAGCGAAUAUCGGCGAGGUCGGCGUGGAGGCGGCUCACGGAGGUGGUGGCAUGGUCAAGGUCGGUGAAGGGGAUAACGCCGCGGUCCCGGAGCAGAGGGGCGUGGAUGUGCAUACCGAUGCCACCGCGGAGAAGGCCGGCGGGGAGCGGUCUAGGAGGAAGAAGGCGGCGAGCGGUCAUCCCGGUUCCACCGCGGCUGGGCGGCAGGCGCGGCUGGACGUCGUCGAUCAGCUGAGGGCGGAGAACAGGCGAUUGCGUGCAGACAAUGCACUCCUUGAACGGCGGCUCGGUGAGCAGACGGGGCGGGUCGACAGCUUGGCGGCGGCAUUAGCUGGGCUCCUCGAGAAGGUGAAGGGUUUGACCGCCCAGGUCGCCGACACCGACCGGAAAUCGGAGGAGCGCCUCAAAGAGGCCACGUCGACCAUGGCGACCACAAUCACCGAGGGCCUCACCGACAACAUGGACAGCGCCAUUCAAUCGGCCAAGUCCUUCGCCGAGCUAGCGAGGCAGACGCUGCUGGAUCUUGACGACCCCAAGGGACGAGCGGCGGUCGCACGCGCGACCGCGGUGAAGACAGUGACCGAGCACGUGACGGCGGAGGUGGGCGAGGCGAGGAAGGGGUUGGAGGAGUCGUUCAUCAAAUACAUCGGCGCCGCGCAGACCAACAUUGCCGCCGCCGUCGCGCCCCGCCUAGUCCAGCCGCCGCCGCCUACCGGCCCAGCGCAGGCCUUGCCGGAAGAUUUCCUGAAGUCUUUCAAGGAGGACGUGCUGAAGGCGGUGACGGAGACCACGCAGCAGUCCUUCCUCGCCUCUGGACUGAAGAUAAUGGCCGAGGUCGUCGGCACGGUGGCGUAUGCUCGGCGUGGGUCGUCGCCGUCGGCAAACGACGCCGGCCAAGCGCAACCUACGGAGGGCUUGAAGCUGGGUCACAAGAGGCGGGGAGGCGGCGGGGGGGGCGACGGGGACAAUUCGGCGAACAAGAAGCGGAGCAAGGGAGGCGGGGGGUCUGGCGGCGGGGGGGGGGACGGAGACGAUUCGGCGGGCGCGAGGCGGACCAAGGGAGCGGCUGGUUCUCGCGUCGCCGGCGAUGGGAGCAUGGGAGCCGGCGACGGUAGUUCGUUGAAGCAGUCGGGGAAGAGCGUGGUCGACAUCCUCAGGAAGCACUGGGCUCAGGUUGGAGCGGCCAGCACGGGCCAUGGUGGUGGGGGUCCCGCCGACGAGCAUGCCACUGAUGACGCACUGCCAAUGGCUCCGCCUUCGGUCGGCGUUAAGCCACCACGACAGGGUAGCGGUGUGAAAGGCCUGCGCGACAAGGAGAAGGCCGCCGCCAAAACGGCCCCAGGCGGGUCCGCGAAAGCUGGCCAGGGCCCGAAGACAGGGGUUGCGGAGGCGUCAGCGGUUCCUCACCAGUCUCCCGCGGGUGCACGCCAUCCGACCGGACCGUCUGCCGGGCGACCUACCGACGUCCCGCGCCAUGCCGACGUACCGUCUGCCGACAAGGUUGGCCGCGCGGGAAAAGGGGCGGCAGUUGCGAACGCGCUCAAGGAGCAGCUCAGGCUCCUAGCCGGCCACAGGGCUGUUCAACAGGCCCCCCCUGCUGUCGACGUCCCAUCGGCCAGUGGGCCACGUGUAGUGCCGCCGUCGUCGGCGAAUGUCGCACCACCCACCCAUGUGGCAGCUGAUGUGGAGAAGGCGGCGGAGAAGGGCGUUCGUGCCGCGCUUGCCACCGGCGGCGGCGCCGUUGAGGAGGUCCCCGCAGACGCUGAUAUCGCUGCCAUACAGGCCCAUCUGGAUGCAGCCAAUCCCCGAACCCUGGCCAUCUCCGACACGGAACAUGUGGAGCCUUCGGCGGGACUCGUCGGCAUCGCGGCAGAGCCUAGUGCGACCGGUGAUGCGGUCGGUGAAGGAAAGUCGAAACGGAAGGGGAAGGCGGGCUCACAGAGGAAGACGCGGGAGAAGUCGGAGGUGAAGGCGGCGGAUAAACAGAAGGGGAUGGCGGCGGAGACGGCGGCGGACAAAGAUCGAGGCGGCAUUGGGGAGGUUGAAGGGAAAGGGGAGAAUCAGGAGAAGUCGCCCGGCGAGGGUACGUCGACGGGGAGGAAGGGGAAGGACAAGUCGGUCGGAGAAGGUGCGUCGACCGGGAGAAAGGGGAAGGAGAAGGCGGUCGGCGAGGGUUCCUCGAAGGGGAGAAAGGGAAAGAGGAAGGCGGAGGAGGAGGAUGAGGAUGUCGAGGAGGUGGAGGAGGUCGAGCAGGAGGAAGAGGAGGAGGAGGAGGAGGAGGAGGAGGAGGAGGAGGAGGAGGAGGAGGAGGAGGAGGAGGAGGAGGAGGAGGAGGAGGAGGAGGGGAAGGGCAAGGAGAGGAGGGGUCAUGGCAUCCGACACGAUACCUCGGGCGACAAGCAAGGGUGGGUCGGCGAGAUUAAGGUGCACGGCAUCAAUCGAUACAUCGGCAAGUCGCGGGACAAGAUGGAGCUCGCGUACGUUCACUCCAUCGCGUACGUCGUCUACGACGGUUUCGUGAGCAAGGUGCUCAUGACCGAGCUCACCGGCUUGGACAGCGCCGAAUUGGAGAGGUGGAAGGAGGUGUGGGAGGAGGUCAGGAUCUUGCCGACAGGGAUGUGGACGGUGAUGUGGGCCCGGGGUACGCUCCUUCCAAAGACACGGCUGACAGAGAUCCUCGACGCGUAUCGCCAUUACAAGUCCACAGGCAAUUGUCUCCACGCCGCGCUCCUGCCAGCGAUAUGGUACCCAGUCGAUGCUAGCACCGAGGAAGGCCGGGAGAAGUCGGCGUUCAUGAUGUCGGCGAUGAUAGGUCGCGUGUCAAUGUGCGCUGCAUAUGGGAAGACCGCUGCGGCAGCGGCGAAGAAGGAGGGAGACAAGGAGGAGAAGACGGAUAUGGCGGCAUGGGCGUUAGCAGCAUCCGCAUGCGCUGUGUGGUGCUUCGUCGAGAACGGCGAUGCCCAGCUGGCGGAUGCUGUGGAAGAAGGGAAGUCGGCGGCGAUCAUCGGCGGAGCGAGCCAGGCGACCGCCGAUGUAUUCGGAAAAGUCAUGGAGGCGGUGCUGAAAGCCGAGAUGAACAGGGACCGCCCCCUGGGAGAGGUUGCCUACAACGUCGCGCCAGCACUCCAGAGGACCGCCCUUGAUAGGGUCUAUCCGGGGGGGAAUGCUGGAGUAGAUGCCGACGUUAUCGCUAGAGCGACGGUUGAGACGAUGGCGUUUUGGGGAAUGUGCCCCGUCGCCGGGCCGAAACUAAGAGCGAGGGACAUCGCGGUGCCGAUUGACGCGCAAAUGAAGGCCGAUCUUGACAACAGGGGGAGGAAGGGUCUGAGGGGCAAGAAGGGGACGAAGACCAAGGGCGGCACGGAGAAGGGCAAGAUGUCGAAGAAGGACAGCACGACGGCCUAG